AUGGCCGCCCUCCUGCUGCUGCCGCUGCUCCUGCUGCCGCUGCUGCUGCUCGUGUGGAAGCUGCACCUCGGGCCGCGGCUGCGCUGGUUCGCGGCGGACUUCGCCUUCGCGCUGCGCGCCCUCCGCUGCAAACGGGCUCUCCGAAAGCGCGCCCUGGCCGCGGCCGCCGCCGACCCCGGGGGCCCCGAGGGGGGCUGCAGCCUGGCCUGGCGCCUGGCGCAGCUCGCCCGGGAGCGCCCCGCGCACGUCUUCCUUAUUCACGGCGCGCGGCGCUUCAGCUACGCGGAGGCCGAGCGCGAGAGCAACCGGGCUGCGCGCGCUUUCCUGCGGGCGCGGGGCGGGGACGCGGGGCUGGGCGGCGGGGCGGGGGACGAGCAGGCCGCGGCCCCCCUGGCACCCGGGGCUACCGUGGCGCUGCUCCUGCCCGCCUGCCCCGAGUUCCUGUGGCUCUGGUUCGGGCUGGCCAAGGCGGGCCUGCGCACGGCCUUUGUGCCCGCCGCCCUGCGCCGGGGUCCCCUCCUGCACUGCCUCCGCAGCUGCGGCGCGCGCGCUCUGGUCCUGGCGCCAGAGUUCCUGGAGUCCCUGGAGCCUGACCUGCCGGCCCUGAGAGCCAUGGGGCUCCGUCUUUGGGCUGUAGGCCCUGAAGCCCAUCGUGUCGGAAUCAGCGAUUUCCUGGCCGAGGCCUCGGCUGAAGUGGAUGAGCCAGUGCCGGGGUACCUAUCCGCCCCCCAGAGCAUAAUGGACACGUGCCUGUACAUCUUCACUUCUGGCACUACGGGCCUCCCAAAGGCUGCUCGGAUCAGCCAUCUGAAGGUUCUGCAGUGCCAGGGGUUCUACCAGCUGUGCGGUGCCUUCCCGGAAGAUGUCAUCUACCUUGCCCUCCCACUCUACCACAUGUCUGGCUCCCUGUUGGGCAUCGUGGGCUGCUUGGGCAUUGGGGCCACGGUGGUGCUGAAGUCUAAGUUCUCUGCUGGUCAGUUUUGGGAGGAUUGCCAGCAGCACAGGGUGACAGUGUUCCAGUACAUUGGGGAGCUGUGCCGAUACCUUGUCAACCAGCCCCCAAGCAAGGCAGAACGAGGCCACAAGGUCCGGCUGGCUGUGGGCAGUGGGCUGCGUCCGGACACCUGGGAGCGCUUCGUGCGGCGCUUUGGGCCUGUUCAGGUGCUGGAGACAUAUGGACUCACAGAGGGCAACAUCGCUACUUUCAACUACACAGGAGAACUGGGUGCUGUGGGACGUGCUUCCUGGCUUUACAAACAUGUCUUCCCCUUCUCUUUGAUUCGCUAUGAUGUCACCACAGGGAAGCCGAUUCGGGAUGCCCAGGGGCACUGCGUGGCCACAUGUCCAGGUGAGCCGGGGCUGCUGGUGGCCCCAGUAAGCCAGCAGUCCCCAUUCCUGGGCUACGCUGGGGGGCCAGAGCUGGCCCUGGGAAAGCUGCUGAAGAAUGUCUUCCGGCCUGGGGACGUUUUCUUCAACACUGGGGACCUGCUGGUCUGCGAUGACCAGGGUUUUCUCCGCUUCCACGAUCGUACCGGAGAUACCUUCAGGUGGAAAGGGGAGAAUGUGGCCACCACUGAGGUAGCGGAGGCCUUGGAGGGCCUGGAUUUUCUCCAGGAGGUGAACGUCUACGGAGUCACCGUGCCAGGGCAUGAAGGCAGAGCUGGGAUGGCAGCCCUGGUGCUGCGCGCCCCCCAACCGUUGGACCUUGCACAACUCUACGCCCAUGUUUCUGAGAAUUUGCCACCGUAUGCCUGGCCUCGAUUCCUCAGGCUCCAGGAGUCUCUGGCCACUACAGAGACCUUCAAGCAGCAGAAGAUGCGGAUGACGAAGGAGGGCUUUAACCCGAACGCACUGUCUGACCCCCUGUACAUUCUGGACCAGGCUGGGGGUGCCUACCUGCCCCUCACACCUGCCCGGUACAGGGCCCUCCUGGCUGGAGAACUUCGCAUCUGAGUCCUGUUUGUGCAGGUGCCUGAGGCAGCAACUUGGUGGGUUGGGGGCAUGGCAGGUGUACAGGGGGCAUCCAGAAUCUUUUUUUUGUUUUGUUUUUUUACCAGAUUUGGAGUCAUUUUAUAAUAAAAGGGGCCGGAGCCAGUCUAGUUCUUUCUGA